AUGUUUAUAUCAAAGGAAAAGUUCUACGAUAUAAAAGACCUCGGUGAACCGAAGCAGUAUUUGAACUGUGCGCUACACAGGGACUACGAUAAGCGUACAAUCACUAUAUCACAGAAGGUAUAUAUACAAAAAGUCCUACGGACUAUAAGUGCAGUAUCUAGCUGGAAAGAUACUCUAUUGCCAGCAUAUAUUAAACUGGCUCGCAGUCAAAACCAGACCGGAUAUUUACUUUACAGUUACUUAUCUACAAUAUCGUUUAGCGAAACCUACAUAUAUCGUAUACGGACUGGGAGGACAGCAAAUCGACUGAGGGAAGUAUAUAGUACCUCGCUGGAUCACCUGUUAUAUAGUUUACGAGGAAGCAGACAAUUACGGCCAAUUCGACAACUGUCGCUGAGUGUAAAGUGGCUCACUCGUUUAUACUACCAGAACAACGUCCUAUUGAAAUCUAUACGGAUAAUAUCAAUUCGCAACUCCUACUCACUAAGAAAGGAGCUUGAUCUACAAUGGUUUUUCGUUAAGGAUACCGUUGCACAAGGAUAUAUAGAUAUACGACGUGUGGACACGAAAAGAAAUGCAGCAGAUAGAUUCACAAAGGCACUGCCGAGGGAGCAAUUUGAGAUAUUUGUUGUCUUGAUUGGUAUGAUUUAA